GUGGCUGCAUGGCAACCAGCUUUCUGGCGCUAUUCCCGAUGGGAUUGGUAGCCUUACCAAUUUAAUUCACCUGUCGUUGAGUUACAACAGCCUCACCGGCUCUCUGCCAUCAGGCAUCGGCGCCCUCACCAAUCUCACUCAUCUGAGUGUGCAGCGCAACCGUCUCAACGGGACAAUCCCUGCCAUCAUUAGUGGCCUCGCAGGCUCCUUGAACCACCUCAACAUGAGCAACAACCCUCUCCGCGUGGAAGUGCCAGCACAGCUAGGGCCGCUUGCAAAGCUCAUCCACCUGGACCUCUCAUUGUGUCUGCUGAACGGGACCAUCCCCGACACCUUCACAGGGCUCACCAGUCUCGCCUCCCUUCGGCUUAGCAGCAAUGAUGUUGGCGGAUUCAUCCCUCCUUCCCUCGCGCAACUGCGUCACCUCAACGUCCUGUCAUUGGAAGACAACAGGCUGCAGGGCAACCUGCCUGUGGAGCUCAGUGCUCUCGCUGACCUCCGUGUGCUUGAUCUGAGUGGCAACGAACUCACAGGAACCAUCCCCGACUCCUACUCUGCCCUCUCCUCUCUCGAGCACCUGGACAUGAGCUUCAGCACCAUCACUGGUGGCAUUCCGGACUUCAUCGGACAGUUCUCCUCUUUGACUACUCUGAGUUUUUCCUCCACACCCAUAGGUGGCAACAUCCCCAGGAGCAUCUCAGCGCUCACCAAUCUGCAGGAGCUGAGUUUGUUUGAGUGCAACUUGACCGGGUAUAUUCCCCUUGUCAUCGGAUCGCUCUCUCGGCUCACAUCACUGGAACUCAAUGACAACCGCCUGGAGGGCACCAUCCCUGGCACGCUCGGGGAUUUGGUUGCGCUGCGUACAUUGUUUAUAAGGAACAACAGCAUCAUGGGACCCAUUCCGGCAUCCCUCGGCCAACUUCAAAGCCUUGACUCCCUGGCGAUGGGACAGAACAAUCUCAAUGACACCAUUCCUGCGCAGCUUGGCAACCUCACUAGCCUCCGCAUGCUGGGGCUCGGGAUGAACAACCUGUCUGGGCCCAUACCAGCAUCCUUUGGCAGGCUGCAAUCUCUCCAAGUAAUGGUACUGUCAGUGAACAAUCUCUCGGGCGCCCUGCCAGAGUCCUUUGGCAACCUCUCUAACGUUCUAGCCAUUUACCUGGGGAGCAACCUGCUGGACGGCACCCUUCCUUCCACCCUGGGCGCUCUCAACCAGCUGCUGGAACUGGACCUGUCAAACAACACGCUGCAGGGGUCCAUCCCUGCGACCUUCAGUGCGCUCUCCAACCUGCGAUCUCUCGACCUGGCGCAGAACAUUCUCAACGGCUCCCUGCCAGCCUUCCUUGGGAACUUGACGAACCUCGAUACCUUAAACUUUGCAGAGAACGAUUUCAAGGGCAAUGUGCCGACUGAUUUCAGUCAGCUGUACCAGCUGGAGACCCUUGACCUGAGCAACAACGUUCAACUUGUUGGUAUGAUCACUGCCAGCCUUGGACAACUCACCAAUCUCACCGACUUUAACGUGGCCGGCACGUCACUGUUUUGCCCCAACAACUCGCUCCCCUGCGCGCUUCAGCCCAACCCGGACUCGGGCUACUGUGGUUUCUGCCAGGAGUUCUGUGAUCGCUGUGGAGGCGGCCCAGCACCACCGUCGCCACCGAUAGUGCCACCGCUGCCACUGCCCCCGCCAUCGUCCGGACCACCAAUGCCGUUCCCCCCUAAUGGUGGAAACGUCCGAGUGCCGCCCAGGCCCGUCAACGCCACCACCCCGCCACCCAGCAGCGGGGGCCUGUCAGGGGGCGCCAUAGCGGCCAUUGUGAUCGGGCUGCUCAUUGUGCUCAUCACUGCUGCUGGCCUCGCAUACAUUGUCAUCACCCACAAGCCCGACGCGCCUGACCAUGAGGCAACCCUGAUUGUGCUGGCUGUGCUUCCAUGUCCUCCCACACACACUCUCCUCCAUGCAGACCUGCUGGUGUCAACAGCACCGUCAUCUGUGGGAACCAACCGCGACGAAUAUGCGCGCAUGCGUAAGCCACUGCACCACCCUGUUGCUGCCAAUUCCACGCACACACACAUCGUCACAUAA